AUGGAUAUUGCAGAAAAGAGCAGUACAGGAAUGCUUUCUUUAAUCUAUGAUGACAAGAUCGAACGUCCUCGAGUAUUGUGCGGCGACGGCGACAGCAGGAACUCAAACUUACUUCCAGAAGGAUUUUGGCUAGGCCCAACAUGGCAGUCACUCGUCUGUUCCAACAGACACUCGUGGGAUGACCCGGACAACGUCAAGAAGUGCUUGGCAGGUCACAAAAUCAUCAUGUUCGGCGAUUCUAUAGCAUGCCAGUGGUUCCAUGUUCUUGAAAGGAAAUUGGGCAACAAGGAUGUGCCGGACUCGUUUUAUGGUUGCACCGAGGACGAGACGCAUACAGUCAUUUUUAAGACUCAUGUCCUCUGUUCGUCACUCACGCCUACUUUUAACUUUGCUGGUUUAUGGCGCAUGUUCGAACCCGAAUACAUGGAUAAGCUCAAUGACCCCGAUGUAAAAUACGUUAUUUUUAUCAGCAUGUCAGCGCACUACGCCUCGUGGAAUAUGGACAGCUAUCGUGACAGGAUGCGCGCGAUUCGUAACGGUAUCCGUGCGAGGCUCGGUGACGGUCGCGUAAUGGCAGUCAUCAAAAAAUCUCAGCCUCGUGAACAACCUACAUUUGAAGCUCGUGUCCAUAGCAACGACUAUGUUUUCAGACAAAUGAGUCGAAUAAUGGAGGAGGAGUUUGUUGGCAUUAAUGCCAAGCUGAUAGAUACUUGGGAUUUAGUUACCUCUUAUCAAGAGCAAGUAGCAGUUCACAUGCCAUGGCCGUGUAUCAACGAAGAAGAGCGUUGCUAG